AAGAUUUGUGGAGAACCUCAGGUUGAAGAAAGUCGAUAUCCUCCCCAGUUGAUUGCCGUCUCUACCUUGUAACUAAUAAAUUUAUUCAUUUUCCUUGAGUCGUCAAUGGGCGUGAGAUACAUGAGGUUCACAGCCUGCGUGAGGUUAGCAUCUCUCUCCUUGGCAGGUUUGAUUCUCAACGUCCAUUGAUGAACAUAGUCUUAUUUUGUUCAAGUUAAACCAGUACAGGAGAGAUGGGUUUACCCUUCCUCAUUCCAUCAGAAUUGUUUGUAUUUUCUUUCAAAGAUUCAUUCUCCGUUCAAACUACCUUUCCCUCCUCGUCCAGACUUCAAAGUCCAUUUCAAUUUAGUCUCUGGGUUUCGAUUUUGCUCCUUCGGAGGGGUUUUCUCCCAGGGGAGGGUAGUUUGCUUAAGGGUUGUUCCUUUUAACCUUCUUGUCUUGAUCACUGGAAGUGGGCACCUUGUGACGUUGGGUCUAAGACUGAGUGAAUAUUUCCUUUUACUUGGUCAAUUGCGUAUCUCGUGCAUACUCUGAUACUUGGAGAGACAGGUUUUCUUCCAUUUUAGCUCUCGAAAAGCUGAUUUCCAACCACACCCCCUCCCCAACUUUUGUUUUUGGGAGGAGGUGGGUUGCUGCUGUUACAAAUGAAGGAUUUUCCAGGAACACCUGGAACUUUGACUGGCCUCCUCCUUCGGAUAUUACAGUGUUUAUUUGCAGUGGGUUCCAUAGCUUUGAUGGCAAAUACAUCCAGCUUCUUCCAAUACACAGCUUUCUGCUAUCUGAUGGCUUCAAUGGCUUUGCAAGUCAUCUGGAGCUUUGCGCUUGCUUGUUUGGAUACAUAUGCCUUGGCAAGAAAGGCUGUCCUCCACAAUCCUAUUUUGGUCACCCUCUUUGUGGUUGGAGAUUGGGUUACUGCAACAUUGACUCUUGCAGCAGCAGCAUCUUCGGCCGGUGUAAUAUUCUUAUACACAAGAGAUUUUGGAAUUUGGAAGGGAGAGGAAUGCAUGAAAUACCAGAUAUCAGUCUCUUUGGCCUUCUUUAGCUGGAUAAUGGUUGGAAUAUCAUCGUUAAUAAUGUUGUGGAUUCUGGGUGGAGGUUAAGCCUUCUUUUGCUAAUAGUUCUUAUUUUAGUGAAGGAUCUGGUUGGUAGAG